AUGGACGACGACGCGAUGAAACAAUUGAUUGCUGCCUUGACUGGUAUUGCCCAGGGUAACACACAGCGGCGUUUCGAUGUGCGAGAUGUGAAAGAUUUAGUUGUGCAGUUUGAUCCAGAUAUACCCACAACGCCUACCGCGGAACAAUGGAUUGAUUCUAUUGUAAAGGCAGCGGCACUAUACCAGGGGAACGACGAGUGGAAGCUGCAAUGUGGCAUUCUGAACCUAAAUGGAGCGGCCAAGCUUUGGUUCAGUGGAGUCACGGUGAAUACGUGGGACGAUUUUAAAACAGCAUUAAUUCGAGAUUUCCCUACGUCUGUUGAUGCCGUCGGUAUUCAUCAAGCCAUGAUCAACCGAAAAAAGCUGCCGCAAGAGAGCAUUAAGACGUACUUCUACAGCCACGUAGCUCUUGGCAGGAAAGGCAAAUUACCUGAUGAAGCACUCAUCAAGUAUAUCGUGUUGGGCCUAGGGCAGAUACGGUACUAUUACUCAAGCGAGUACCCUGCCGGAUUUACUCAAGCAGCUGAAAUGGUUAGGAGAACGAAGACCUCAGGAGUUCCGAGUGCCAACAUCAAGUGCUAUCGUUGUAAUGGUGAAGGUCAUGUGGCUGCCAAUUGUAGUGUGAAAAAUGCCGGAAAAUCAAACGCGAACUUUGAGUGCUACCGGUGUAACCAAAAGGGCCAUAUCGCUAAAAACUGUAAUAAAUCGGCUCCGAAACAGUUCUCUCGACCCAUGCAAGAAAUUCACCAGCCUAGUAAUUUCGUGAAAACGGUGAUUAUUGGAAAUUCCGAAAUCGAUGCACUUUACGAUUGUGGUUCGGCGGUAACUACGAUCAAGGAGAGCUGCGCUGGUGUACUGAACAGUAUUGAGCCGUGUGACAUCUCACUUGUGGGAUUUGGUGGUAAUAAGGUUCAAGUUCGGGGAAAAAGUGCCGAAAUGAUUAAAGUAGACGGUAUUGAAGUAGAGAGCGAUGUGUGCAUAGUGCCCAAUAAGGUUCAAUGGAACUCUAUGAUCAUCGGUAGAGAUAUUCUCGAUCGAGAGGACAUUCGUUUUGUGAAGGAGAAGGGUAGCGUGAGAAUAGAGAAUCGCGUGGAAUCGCAGAACGAUGAGAGGCAGAGUGGACCCUCGCCAGGUCAGAGAGGUACACAGAGCAACGUGUACAGCAUCCAAGCGUAUGAACCGAUUGUUGCCGAAGAGAUUAACGUGAACAGUGUUGGUGAAGAGCGGGAGAAAAUUUUCGAGUUGAUAAAGUGCUAUCGACAAUGUUUCGCAAAAAACUAUCGUGAAAUGGGUACCGCAAAGGGGUGUGAGAUGGUGAUUGAGCUCAUCGGACCCGAAAAACCCAUACAUACGAAGCAGUAUCCCAUGGAGUACUCGCGAGAAAAGGUGGUUGAGAGUACGGUAAACGAUCUGUUGGCAGCUAACAUUGUUCGACCAUCUAGCUCGUCGUACAACAGCCCCACAGUGUUAGUGCGAAAGAAAAACGGUGAUUGGCGCAUGGUGGUCGACUAUCGCGCCGUUAAUGCUAAAACAGUGAAGGACUCUUGGCCGAUGCCUGUUAUCGAAGAUUGCCUCAACCGAUUAGUAGGUAAUCGACUGUUCACUGCGGUGGACCUAUUUCGUGGGUAUCAUCAAAUCCCGAUAUCGGAGAAUAGUCGAAGGUUUACUGCCUUUUCGACACCGUUUGGACAUUUCGAGUUUGUGAAAAUGCCUUUUGGCCUAAGCAACGGUAGUGCAGUGUUUCAAAGGAUGAUCGAUACGGUGAUCGCUCCUCUUCGUUCGGUUGGGAUUGUAGUGUAUCUCGAUGAUGCGAUUUUCGGUGGGCGCGAUGUUAAUGAUGUGCUGAAGAAAUUUGAAGCUCUGUUGAAACGGUUGAUGGAGUGUGGCCUAACAAUCAAUUUGGAGAAAACCCAGUUUUUGAAGACCAGCCUGGAUUUUCUGGGUCACGAAGUGAGUGAAGGGGAAAUUCGACCGGGGAAAGAGAAGAUUCGGGCAAUCAGUGAAUUUCCACAGCCGGUGAAUGUGCGCAAUAUCCUUAUGUAUGAUCCAGCACGAAACCUCGAAGUGCACACCGACGCCUGCUCGCACGGACUGUCAGGAGAUUCCUGA